UCGGAACACGGUAACAGAACAGUGCCGUGACAUUUUCCCACGAUCAUGAGGAAUCGCGCGUUCGGAUCACAGGUGUUUGGUAUGAGAAAUUACUCUUGCGGUGAGCGUCAAAAAGCAAAAAAGUACGGUUAGCAUCAUGGCCGACAAGCCGAACGAUUUGCCUAAUGAAGAGUCUCCUUCUGUGCCUGCAAUAAAAGUGGAUCUUGUUCCUGAAGUAAAACCUUUAGGUGUCCCUGAAUCUAAUGUAGAAAAAUCAGAAAGCGAGCCCAAACAACCGAGGCAUCGCAAGUUUGUCUCAUCCGCACCAUUACUUGGACCUGCAGGACCCUCUACAAAUAAAUAUUUCUCAUCCUUUGGUUCCAAUAUGAGUGGAGACAAGCCAUCCUCUUCAUUUGGGGCCUCACCUCUUCGGGCUUCAUUUCUUCGCCCUCCUCAGCUGGCAAGUCCAGAAAAGUUUGGGUCUGCCCCAGAUGUGAGUGAAAACAGCUCCAAGUAUUCGUUUGCUCUCAAACCAGCUCGCCUAAACAAUCCAUUUGCAAAAGCAACUGAAAAUGAGGAAGCUACAGAGGAGGCAGCAGUACCGUCCUCAAGUGAAGAGAAGCCCUCCGCUUCUGCAGCCCAAGUAUCCCAACCUACAUCAUCCCAACUCAAGUUUGUUCCCUUGGGUAGUCCUUUACCACCUUCGUCACCCAGAGUUACACCAGCUCCGCCACCACAGUCAGCUACUGCUUCUGCUGCCACUGGAUUUGUCUUUGGCCAGAACUUACAUGAGAGAGUUUCUGACACAGCUAAUGUGGAAUCUUCAGGAGAGAAGAAGGACGUUCCUGAAGCAGUUAAUAAUGGUGCUUCCAGCUCAAGCUUGUUAGGAACCAACGGCACCACAGAGAACCUUUUCACAUCUGUAUUAAAGAAGGAACAAGGUGAAAAAAGCAAUGAUAGUGGAGGGGAGGGGAGUGCUGAACGUCCAAGCAAAUCUCUCAGUGAAGCAGCUAAGGAAUACGAAGAAUCAAGAGCUGUCAAACGAAAAUACGAAGAGGUUGCUGUUGUGACAGGAGAAGAGGAUGAGUUAAAUAUUCUGCAGAUCAACUGUAAGCUCUUUGCCUUUGACAAAGUAAAAUCUUCAUGGGUAGAAAGAGGUAGGGGAAACCUUCGGCUUAAUGACAAAGAGACAGGAUCAGGUCAAAAGCAGUCAAGAGUCAUCAUGCGCACAGCAGGCAGCUAUCGUGUAGUCCUGAAUACCAAGUUGUGGCCAGGCAUGGUUGUAGAGAAAGUCAGCAGUAAAAGUGUUCGUCUCACAGCUAUGGAUGCGGUCAGUGGAGAAGUGCUGGUUUUCCUUGUUAUGGCUGGUGCAAAAGAUGCAGACUAUCUUUUUAACUACUUAGAAUCAAGAGUUACCACUCUCAAAGCAUCAUGUGCGGACAAUGUGUCAAGCCAUUUAGAUGCAUCUCGCAAAAACAAUGUUAGUGGAAAUGCAACAGAAAAUGAAGAACUCGGGGACAAUCAAGCCAAGAAAAGAGCAGUUGAAGGUACUCCUGAAGAGCUUGAAACUAAUCACAACUCAAAGUCAGAUGCUGAAAACAAUGACACUCAGGACACAGGUGGAAAUGAGGACUCUUGCUUAGGAAAGAAUUCAGGUGACAACUCAACAAUGUCAUGAGUGGCCAAAGCACACUGGGGGCUUAAUAAGUGUACUUCAUCUGUGUUUGUUUCUUAACAUCUGGUAAUGCUCAAAUAUUAUUUGUAUCCAUCACUUCUCCAUGGUAAUAUAUGGGCUAUGUCAUGUUCAAUCAAUCACUUCUUCUGACAAAGAUUAUAUAAUGUAUUCCGCAAAACAUGUCAUGGGAACAAAUGCUGUAAUCACAUUUUAAAAAUCAAAAAUAACAAAAAAAAAAAAAAAAAAAAA